AUGGAACCAGACCCUUUUAAGGCUCGCACGCUCGACGAGGUCCCUACUCACCUCUCCGCUUACGGACGAGACGCUUACCUACGCACCUGCCUCAGCAUGCUCAGCACCGGAAUCCACAAGUGGGGCUUCGUUAUCUACCGCUGUACAUACGAUGACGACGAACUCUGGAACAGCUACUUCGCGCAGCUUAAGAGCUUCUGCCAUAACCAACUCGUUGAGUACCAACGCGCUGAGCUACUUGAGCAGAAACACUUUAAUCAAUGGGUGUCUGAGCAGAACGUCCCCAUGUUCCCAACCAAGGCCUACCUGAACAUAUAUCCCAUCCAGAUGCCCUGUUUCCGAUACUGUCUUUAUAUCGACAAGCAGUGCCUCAACACUAUCAUCCAGUUCCAGGAAGCAAACGACGGCACAGCGUUGUUCUUAUCGGAACUGCCGCCAAUGGUUUUUGCUAUCGUUGAUCGAACCUGGACACCAAAUGGCACCCAGGACGAGUUCGACAUUCGUAAGGCUUUGAAAGAAAAGGAAGAGAAUGACAAAGAGCAUGGUGAUAACGAGCAGGAUGACGAGGAAGAGAGUGAGGAUGAGGAUGAGGAUGAAGACGAGGAGGACGACGAAGAGGACCAGUACGAUCGCGGCUAUCCCCUUAUUGACGGCAGCGAUCGCAGUUGA